AGGGAUUCUGUGAUUCUGUGCUUUCAACCUCAAUGGGUUUUUAUUUUCAAUAAAACAAAAUCCAGAAAGCCUGUCGCAUCUUUCAAUGCCAAACACUUCACUCAGAGUCUCUCGAGAAGUGGCCAAGUGCCCCAUCAAUGACAACAGGCGCCCAAUGCGCCUGCGCCGGCUCUGGCUGCCUUCUCCGCAUGCGCGGGCCUGGCCGUCGGGGCGGCCUAAGCAAGACGCGAGUACCAGAAAGAAAGGACCUGCAAUCGGGAGAUUCAAAACCAACUCAACAUCACAUCCCAAAUAUGUUCGUGUCACUCAAUUCUUCAGGAGUUCAGUCCUUGAAUGGGGAAGGAAAAAAGUUUGUUCUAUCUGUGAGAAAAUAUUUCUAACAUCACUCUGACUGGAAAAGUACCACGAUACACAUAUACCUGAGUGACUGUUUUCCAGUGAACUGUCUGCAGAAAGAGCUUUAAUCUGUUAACACAUCCUGGAAAGAAAUCACAGCAAGGAGAGGCCAUACAUGUGUUCCAUAUGUGGACAAGGCUUAUGUUGGCCAUCAAACCUACAGAGAACACACGCACAUGCUCACCAUGGAGAAACCAUGUAAAUGUGGUGAUUGCGGGAAGGGAUUCAGUUACCCAUCCCAACUAGAAACUCAUCGACGCAGUCACACGGGGGAGAGGCCGUUUACCUGUACCCUUUGUAGGAAAGGAUUUGCUUUGUCAUCCAGCCUGCAGUUACACCAGCGUGUUCACAGUGAUGAGCGACCUUUCAAAUGCACUUACUGUGGGGACUGCUUUAAAAUCUCUGCCGAUCUCAUUAAACACCAGCUCGUUCACACUGACGAGAGGCCAUUCGGAUGCUCUUACUGUGAGAAGAGAUUCAGACAGUCAUCUCACCUCAUUCAACACCAGCGGGUUCACACAGGCGAGAGGCCUUACACCUGCUCCGUGUGCGGGAAGGGAUUCACCCACGCCUCUAACCUCCGGACGCACCAGCGGGUUCACACCGGGGAGAAGCUGUUCACUUGCUCAGUGUGUGGGAAGGGAUUCACGCAAUCAUCCAACCUCCGGACCCACCAGCGGGUUCACACCGGGGAAAGGCCAUACACCUGCUCCCGGUGUGGGAAAGGGUUCACUAAUUCAUCCCACCUUCUGACGCACCAACUCGUCCACUUUGAUAAGAGAGCUUUCAAGUGUCCUGACUGCGAGAAGAGCUUCAAAAGCAAAAAGGAUCUGCUGAUACACCAGCGAAUUCACACCGGGGAGAGGCCAUUUAUGUGCUCUGUGUGCGGAAAAGGAUUCACUCUGUCGUCCAACCUUCUGACCCAUCAACGCACCCACAGCGGGGAGAAGCCGUUCACCUGCUCCAUGUGUGGGAAGGGAUUCAAUCGGUCAUCGAACUUGCUGAGACAUCACCGGGUCCACACCAGCGAGAGGCCAUUCAACUGCUCGGCGUGUGGGAAGGGAUUCACUCGAUCGUCUCACCUGAUCAGACACCAGCAAGUCCAUGAAUGACUUUAGAAUGUUAUAAAUUAUAUUCCUUAUUUCCUUUUUGUUAUUCCUUCAUGGAAUGUGCAUGUUACUGGCUAGGCCAGUAUUUAUUGCCCAUCCCGUGUUGCCCUGGAGAAGCGGCCUUUUUAUGAACCAUGUGCUGCAGGAACACCUACGAUACCGUUAUGGAGGGAAUUCCGGUUUCUGACCGACAACACUAAGGGAGCCACAAUGCGGUCAGUGAUGUAGAGGAAAACUUGCAGAGGGUGGUGUUCCCUUGUACGUGCUAGUCUUGUCUAUCUCUAGCUGGAAGUGGUCAUGGAUUUGGAAAGUACUGUCGAUGGCACUUCUGCAGUGCGCCUUGUACAUGGUACAUACUUUUGCUACUGCACAUUGGAAGUGGAGGAACUAGCACCUGUUGGGUACCUGGGUAUUGCACAUGAGUAUCAGUGGUGGAGGGUGUAGAUGACUGUGGAUGUGAUGCUAGUCAAGCGGGCUGCUUUGUAGAUAGAGAUAGAGGGCAUGGAACAGACCCUUCAGUCGAGCUCAUCCAUGCCAACCAG